UUUCGUCCAGAACUUGAACAAAAAAGGAAGGUCGUGAAAAACAAAAAACACAUGCGGCCGCUAUCAUAAUCCUAAAAUUACAAAAUUGUUCCAUAUUCUUCGUCUUUUCUCUCCCUUCACAAAACAAUGGCGACAGAGUAUAAUUACACUUGAGUCGUUGCUCUUCCCCUAAAUUUACUAGCCAGGAAAAAAAAUGGCUGCCUUUUCUGCUUCUGCUUCUGCUUCUAUUUCUUGCUCUACUUCAUCUUCAUAUCCUUCCUGCGUCGACGUUUUUGAUAGAUGCAGCUUGAUUCCGCUCUUUCUCACUUCAGUUCGCGGGUCCCACUCCGUUCAUCAUCAUCGUAGUGCCAUUAAUUCCUCUUUUUUUUAUUCUGCUUCUUCUUCUUCUUCGGUGAGAAGUAGUCUAAGAUUAACCCGACCGACGACCCGGUUGUCAGAUUUGAGAAUAAGUCUGGUUUUUGAUGGACAACCCGCGAGGCAUACAAUUGCUCGACCCAAGUCCCGGAUUCCUGGGUGCAUUUCUGGAAAGUGCUUUCGACGGAUUAUCACUGCCGUUGCGAGAGCUGAGCCUGACCGAAUUGAUGACUCUGCCCAAAUUAAAGAUGAAGCUAACAAAGGCAAUGAUCUACCAGUGAAUGAAGAUUCAGUCACAGAGAGUCAAAGGAAAGCAAGCCAACUGAAGAAAAGGAUUUUCUUUGGACUUGGCAUUGGCUUAUCCGCUGGAGGUAUAGUUUUGGCCGGAGGAUGGAUCUUUACUGGGGCUCUUGCAGCUGCUGUUUUUGUUGGUUCCAGGGAGUUCUUUGAGCUUGUACGAAGCCUUGGAAUUGCUGCUGGGAUGACCCCACCUCCUCGAUAUGUAUCACGAGCUUGCUCUAUUAUUUAUGCUCUCAUGCCUUUAUUCACACUAUACUUUGGGCACAUUGAUGUUUCUGUGGCUUCUGCAGCUUUUGUUGUUGCAAUUGCAUUGCUUCUGCAAAGGGGAAGUCCUCGUUUUGCUCAACUCAGCAGCGCAAUGUUUGGCCUGUUUUAUUGUGGUUAUCUUCCUUGUUUCUGGGUUAAGCUGAGAUGUGGUUUGGCAGUGCCAGCCCUGAAUACAAAAGUGGCAGCUGCCUGGCCGGCAUUGCUUGGUGGGCAAACACAGUGGACGGUUGGUCUCGUGGCAACCUUGAUUUCAAUCAGCAGUAUUAUUGCUGCAGAUACAUAUGCUUUUGUUGGUGGAAAGGCCUUUGGUCGGACACCACUAACCAAUAUUAGCCCAAAAAAGACGUGGGAGGGAGCUCUUACUGGCUUAGGCGGUUGUAUAGUUACUGCUGUACUGCUGUCGAAGAUUCUAAGUUGGCCUGGAUCUGUGCUAAGUGCUGUGGCAUUUGGGUUUUUGAACUUCAUCGGAUCCCUUUUGGGUGACCUUGUUGAGUCAGUAAUCAAGCGUGAUGCAGGUGUCAAGGAUUCAGGAUCUCUUAUACCUGGGCAUGGUGGAAUACUAGAUAGGGUGGACAGCUAUGUAUUUACCGGUGCACUGGCCUAUUCCUUUGUCAAAACCUUCCUCCCACUUUAUGGAGUUUGAUAAAACAUUUUGGCUGCUCAACAGAGAGCAAGCAGAAAUGUUAUGACACCUCUAUUGGCAUACCCAGAAGCAAAUUUUGGAUCCUUGAGCUCGCCAACAGAAUUGCAAAAAAAGUGGAGAACACAUCCUCAAUUCAGCCAAUUUGUUAUAACAAGCUGGCGUCUGGUUGGGAAAGAGAUUUCGUGCUCCAAUGCUUGAGAUGCAUUGCAGUUUUAGCGUCUUUGUAUACUUUUGACAUGUUCUUCAUGGCUAACAUGUUUUUGGCUAGACAUCUGGUAAAUCCAGAUGGAACUCAUGUUUGAAUGGCGAUUUUGCAUGCUGAGGCCAACGAUUUGUGAUAUAUAAUUGUAAAUUUGUUUUUAAAGCAUGACAAUUUUCUAAUAA